UAAGGAGUUCUCUUGAGUUCCCUGACAUGAGGGGACUUCAAAGACUGGAAGAGCAUCUCUCAGUGUACUGUCUGAAGGAUUCCUGCUUGGUUACGGGGAGAACAAGAUAGCUUUUGUGGCACAUUCCCACUCUUGAGACACUCUAGGAGUCCAAGAGUUAAUGAAGGCAGGAUUUGGAAAGAAAGGCAGUUGAGGAGUGCCAGGAAGGGGAGGAGGCGAGCAAGUCAAGGCAGGAAAAUACUCCUGAGAGGAGGCAAAGUUUUGCUGUUGCCUUCCAGAGGCAGAAGGUGGAUCCUGAUAGACAUGGAGGGCCAGAGUCAGAAAGGCUACUGAAUGGAAACAAUUGCAGGGCAGGAGCAUCCAUGGUCCACUUGAAUCAUGAUGAGGCAAUAAAGAAUCCAUGUCCUUCGAGGAAGAGUCCCAGUAAGAUCCCCCAUGGCUCUGCUCAAACCUGCCUCUUUGCUCUUGGUACUGCACAUCUCUGCAUCACAAGCUGCCAGCUCAGGAGGCCAGACAGAAUGCUCCAGAUCAUUCAUCCGAUACCAUGAGCAAGUCUCAUACAAUAGGGCUGCCUUGGACCAAGAGCUCUGGAGGAUCCAUAGAGCCAAGAGUGGAGGGGAAGAGUCAGUCCAGCUUGAUUUCCAAGCCUAUCAAAGGACUUUCAAACUCAGCCUGAAACGUGACAACAGCAUCUUCUCAAAAGACUUUGAACUCACUGGGAUGAGACGUACCACGUCUUUCAAUGUAUCUUUCCUUUAUUCUGGAGAGCUGAGAGAUGAACCAGGCUCUUCCUGCCAUGGUUCCAUCAUUUCUGGUCUUUUUGAAGGAAUCAUCCAUACCAAAGAUGGCACUUUCUAUGUAGAACUGACAAAAGCAUCUUCUGGUAAUGAAAAGGAGCCAAGACGUUCCAUCAUCUACCACCAACGGGAGAUAGAUUAUUCCCUUUUAAACAACUCAAACUGUCCCUGUUUGGCCUUAAAGAUGAAUCUGUUUUGGCAGCCUCCCACUCCCAAACUCAUUGUGAAGGAAAAGGAAACAUUACCAAGACAGAGAAGGAGCCUCGAUUACUCCAGAACCUCAUGUCUCAUGCACUUCAAAGCUGACUUUUUAUUUUAUAAGAGAUUUGGGAGCCUGGAGUCUGUGGUUGCUCAGAUUGCCAGCUAUGUAAAAGCUGUGAAUACCAUUUAUGAAAAAGCUGAUUUUGGAGGCAUCAAAUACAUAGACUUCAAAAUAAAAACCUUGCAUGUUGUACAGGAAGACGAUCCCACCAGCUCCAUGUACUCACCCUUCAUCGGUCCAGAGAAGCUCCUGAUGUUGCAUGCUCAGUCCAACUGGGAUGGUUAUUGCUUAUCUUACCUCUUAACAGACAGAGACUACAGUGGAAUCCUUGGAAUUGCCUUUAACGGGCAAGCUGGGGACCUGGGUGGCAUUUGCUCAAAGCACAGAAUGUUUCAAGGUUCACUGAGGUCUUUGAACACAGGACUGAUCACAAUUCAGAAAUAUGGCCAUUACCUCCCACCCCGCAUUAUCCACAUCACACUGGCCCAUGAGCUGGGCCACAGCUUAGGGGCGCACCAUGACGAGAGCCAGCAGUGUGCCCGCUUCAGCCUGGAUACCACCCAUGGAAACUUCUUAAUGUUUGCCCACGCCACCGAUGGCGAUCAGCCCAACAACGACCGGUUCUCCCCAUGCAGCACAACCUUCAUUGGGAAGACGCUCCGGGGCAAGAAGGAUCAGUGUUUUGUGGAAACUGACCGGCCCAUCUGUGGAAACCACGUGCUGGACCCCGGAGAGGGCUGUGAUGUGGGAAGCAGCACCACAGACCCCUGUUGCUAUGGCGCUGGUGAGAGUGAAGGGCUCCGCUGCCGGCUGAAGGCCGGGGUGCAGUGCAGUCCCAGCCAAGGCCCCUGCUGUAGCCCAGAUUGCAAAUAUUUCUCCAUGGGAAAGCUGUGCCAAUCUGAGACAGAGUGCCUGUGGGAGAGCACCUGCCUGGGAAACGCCGCCUACUGCCCUGUCCCGCUACCCAAGGCCAACUUUACUCCAUGUCUCAUGGGAGCUAAGAUCUGCCUUGAUGGGAGCUGCAGAGGCUCUCUGUGCCUCAACCAUGGUUUGGAACCCUGUGAAUGUGUCAGCAUCUCCCCAUGGGAGCAGUGCCACCUUUGCUGCCAGAAGCCAGGCCGGCCCCGGACCUGUGCCAGCACCACAUCCUCCCUGCUGAGGUCCGAGUUCAACGGCAGCCGGGUCCCACUGACCCCCGGCACAGCGUGCAAGGGCCGCCAGGGCUACUGCGACAAGUUUCACAUCUGCCGCCUGGUGGACGAGGAUGGGCCGAUGGCCAGAGUGAAAAAUGCCAUCGUAGGCUUCAUGGAGCUGGAGGACCCGGCUGCCUGGAUGAAGACUCGCUGGUGGGCCAUUCUGCUGGCCAUCCUGACUAUAGCGGCAAUGAUGUCCUUCACUGUGUUCUUUUUUGGAAAAACCGCAGACAGUGAAACAGGAAUGGAAAUGACAAGCAGGGCCAAGGAGUUGGUCAAGCCACAGUCUCAUCUGACUGUGACCCAUUGGGAGUGGGCUGAAUUCUACACUGAGACUACCUGUGUGGAGGAGACGAGGAUUGAGCAGGUCACAGUGGGACAGUGAGCCUUGCCUUGCCCAUGGUGCCAUCCCACUGACUCAUCGGUGAAGGAAACAAGGAUUUAUCCAUAGGGCCUAGAAUCAAAGCAGUGGAGCAUACUGGAGAAAAAUAGGAUUGGGAUGCAUUAUCUUCUUUACCAUUUACUUAAAUCUGAGAUCCUAGUCAAAGCAGUUACAUUCUCUAAGCCUCAGUUUCCUGCCUUUGUAAGAUGAAGGGGUUUGGACUCGUUGGUUUCCAAAGCUGUGUCCAACUUCAACAUUUCCUGAAAUUCUCUAUGCAUAUUUAAUUCUUUUAGGAUAAGAAAUCUGGGCUAGCAGGACGCAAGGUGGAAUUUCAGAACCCAGCCCCUUGGGAUCACCCUUCCUUGAAGCCUUCACUGAUCAUACAAUUUUCAUAGAAUUUAGACAGUAAAUAAACAUUCUAAGGAUUGAGCGAAGGGUUAAAGGAUACAAAAAGAGGCAAAAGACACUCCUCCCUCAACAAGUUCACAAUCUAAAGGGAAAUAUGGAUUUAGAACUGGCAGGAUCCUUUAGGAUCGUGAAUGUCAGCACUAGAAGAAACAUGGGAUAUCAGAGCUGGGAGGGCCCUUAGAAUAAUUUGUUGUUACUGGGAGAAACUUUACAACAUAUAACAUCAGGACUCAGGUCUUUGGAAUAUCAGAGCUG